AUGGGGAACAUUCUAUUGAUCACGGGCGCUACUGGCUUCCUUGGAAAAGUCGUUGUUCAGGAAAUGCUGCGUUGUGAGAGUGGGCAAAAAUUGGACAAGAUUAUCGUGCUCAUCCGCCCAAAUGAAAACCAGACAGCAGAAAGGAGAUUCUUUGAUGAAGUAGCGAGUUCUCUCUGCUUUUCAAAAUUACUCAAAACAUGGAUAUCCAUGAUCAAUGUUGUCUCUGCUGAUUUACGUCAUGAGAGAUGUGGCAUCGAAGAGGAUACAUACAAUCAGCUCUGUUCUCAGACGACUCACAUCAUUCAUUGUGCUGGCUCCGUGGCAUUUUCGCCAUCAGCUUUUGAGAGCAUUAUUGGCGACAAUAUUACAUCCACUCUCAAUGUCAUGGAACUGGCCCGAGGCUGUCCCAACUUGCGACACUUUGUUCAUACGUCCACGGCUUAUGUCACUCCGCACACCAAGAAGCCUAUUAUAGAAACGCUACCGCCGCUGUUCCAGUCCGCAAGAUGCCUAUAUGCAGAAAUCCAGAAAGAUUCAAGUAGCAUCGACGAAAUCCUGCGAUCUACAGGGCAUCCUAACCUCUACACUUUGGCAAAAUGUCUCACAGAGCAUCUCCUCAUGGAAAGUGUUGCUGUGCCAUUGACUAUUGUCCGACCCAGCAUCAUUUCCGCAAGUUGGAAAUACCCGUUCCCUGGGUGGGUUGAUAGUUCAUCUGCCCUGGCCGGCAUUGUGGCUGGAAUAGGAUCAGGCAAUAUGAGAGUCGCCAAUGGUGACCCUCGCACCGUCUUGGACGUAGUUCCCGUGGAUGUAGUAGCACAGCAACUUAUUGAAGCUGUUCUCAGCCCCCCAACACUUGGAAGGCCACCCCAGAUUGUUCAUGCCGUCUCUACCGUCAAAGCUGGAAUGCAGAUAUCCCUGAUUUGUGCUGCGAUUGUCAAGUACUUCACGCUCCACCAAGUGUUCCGAAAGCCGAAGAUGUCCUACAUCGGGCAAAAGACGGAUCUGCGAUAUAGACUCAGUCAUAUUGUUCAGCACCAGCUUCCCCAAGCACUGGCGAAGACUUUCGCCAUCGUUAAGCGCAAUAAUCGCCAGAUACAGCGUAUCGAACGAGCUAAAGCCGCUGAGUUAAAAGCGAAUACAAUCUUCGAGCCAUUUACGCAGCAUGCAUACAAUUUCCACUCCUCAACCACCAUGCUUGGUUCAGACUAUGACCCCUAUGAAUACCUGAGAAUUGUUUGUCAAGGUGUACGUAUUUACCUUCUGCAGAAAGAUGCCACAAAAGCCGUCUUUGCAGGAGACCGAGCAGAUACCACUGGCGGCAUCGGAGCAUUAAGUUGGUCCAGAACACAGGAACAUGGAACAAUACCAGUUUCCAUCUCUUCCACUGUUCUUCGAGGGACAUUUAAGAGAAUAUUUACAUCGGUUACCUUCGACCAGCAUUCAUUUUCCGCGGCCAUGGAAGGUAUCAACUCUGAAACGCGGGUGAUAGUUGCACCAACCCACAGGAGUUUUCUCGAUUCGUUGCUGUGCUCUUACCUAUUCUACACACGACCGGAGAUGGGAAUUCGGCUCCCACGAGUACUCGCAAGUGAAGAAUUUGCCAAAAUACCCAUCGUGGGAUGGAUUUGUCGCCGCCUCAGGACCGUGUUCGUCGUGCGAGGGGCUGGCAAACCGGACGACAGCCUUGAUCGGCAGCUGGCCGAGCUUGUGCGGGGCGGCGACAAUCUUCUCUUUUUUGUUGAAGGGCAGCGAAGCCGCACUGGGGAGGUAUUACCAGGGAAGAGGGGCGUUCUACGCAGUCUCCAGUCUACUGGCAGCGAAUUCGUCAUUCUUCCCGUGUAUAUCACAUACGACCGUAUCCCGGAGUCUGACGCCUUCGAGAAGGAACUGCAAGGCGGACCUAAACAAAGACCUAAUCUGCCAGGCCUUUUGAAAUGGACGGGGAAAAUGUUGCGAGGACAUGUAGACUUGGGUGAGGCGCAUGUCGUAUGUGCCACUCCGCUUUUGCUGGGGCCAACUACUGAUAUUUACGACUUGGUGGACGAACUGGGGGAAGCCCUGCAUGGAAAAAAGACUUGA